AGUUCCGGCCUGUGUUGUUUCGUUCGAGGAGCGGUCGCCGCCAUUUCAAGACAGUGAGAGGUAGAUGUCUAAGAAGAGUCCCUAAGAUUCGAGUUCGGUAUAUUCUGCCGCCCCCUAAACCUUCCAAAUCACUGAUCCGGCUACUGCCCUUUUUCUGCUACUUCUAGAAACAUUUUUAUCAGUAGUGGCGGCAGUAGAAGUCAAUUAUCCCCUUGUUCUGUCUCAAGAAGCUCCAGAUGGCGUCUUCCGUGGGCAACGUGGCCGACAGCACAGAACCAACGAAACGUAUGCUUUCCUUCCAAGGGUUAGCUGAGUUGGCACAUCGAGAAUAUCAGGCAGGAGAUUUUGAGGCAGCUGAGAGACACUGCAUGCAGCUCUGGAGACAAGAGCCUGACAAUACUGGUGUUCUUUUAUUGCUUUCAUCAAUACACUUCCAGUGUCGAAGGCUGGACAGAUCUGCUCACUUUAGCACCUUGGCAAUUAAACAGAAUCCCCUUCUAGCAGAAGCCUAUUCGAAUUUGGGAAAUGUGUACAAGGAAAGAGGGCAGUUGCAGGAAGCAAUUGAGCAUUAUCGACAUGCCUUGCGGCUCAAGCCUGAUUUCAUUGAUGGUUAUAUUAACCUGGCAGCAGCCUUGGUAGCAGCAGGUGACAUGGAGGGAGCAGUGCAGGCCUACGUCUCUGCUCUUCAGUACAAUCCUGAUUUGUACUGUGUUCGUAGUGACCUGGGGAACCUGCUCAAAGCCCUGGGUCGCUUGGAAGAAGCCAAGGCAUGUUAUUUGAAAGCAAUUGAGACGCAACCAAACUUUGCAGUAGCCUGGAGUAAUCUCGGCUGUGUUUUCAAUGCACAAGGGGAGAUUUGGCUGGCGAUUCAUCACUUUGAAAAGGCUGUCACCCUUGACCCAAAUUUUCUGGAUGCUUAUAUAAAUUUAGGAAAUGUCUUGAAAGAGGCACGUAUUUUUGACAGAGCUGUCGCAGCUUAUCUUCGUGCCUUAAGUUUGAGCCCAAAUCAUGCGGUGGUGCAUGGCAACCUGGCUUGUGUGUACUAUGAGCAAGGCCUGAUAGACCUGGCCAUUGAUACCUACAGGCGAGCUAUAGAACUGCAGCCACAUUUCCCUGAUGCUUACUGUAACCUAGCAAAUGCACUCAAGGAGAAGGGCAGUGUUGCUGAAGCAGAAGAUUGUUAUAACACAGCUCUUCGGCUGUGUCCUACCCAUGCAGACUCUUUGAAUAACCUUGCCAACAUCAAAAGGGAGCAGGGCAACAUUGAAGAGGCAGUUCGCCUGUAUCGCAAAGCAUUAGAAGUCUUCCCAGAGUUUGCUGCUGCACAUUCCAAUUUAGCAAGUGUACUGCAACAGCAGGGCAAGCUUCAGGAAGCGCUGAUGCACUAUAAAGAAGCCAUACGAAUCAGUCCUACAUUUGCUGAUGCUUAUUCCAAUAUGGGAAACACUCUGAAAGAGAUGCAGGAUGUUCAGGGAGCUUUGCAGUGUUAUACUCGUGCCAUCCAGAUUAAUCCUGCAUUUGCUGAUGCACACAGCAAUCUGGCUUCCAUUCACAAGGAUUCAGGGAAUAUCCCAGAAGCAAUAGCUUCUUACCGCACAGCUCUGAAACUUAAGCCUGACUUUCCUGAUGCUUAUUGUAACUUGGCUCAUUGCCUACAGAUUGUCUGUGAUUGGACAGACUAUGAUGAGCGGAUGAAGAAAUUGGUUAGUAUUGUAGCUGAGCAGCUAGAGAAGAAUAGGCUACCUUCUGUACAUCCUCACCAUAGCAUGCUGUACCCUCUUUCGCAUGGCUUCAGGAAGGCUAUUGCGGAGAGGCAUGGGAAUCUCUGCCUGGAUAAGAUUAAUGUCCUUCAUAAACCACCGUAUGAACAUCCGAAAGACUUGAAGCUCAGUGAUGGCCGAUUGCGUGUAGGCUAUGUGAGUUCUGACUUUGGGAAUCACCCUACUUCACACCUUAUGCAGUCUAUUCCAGGCAUGCAUAAUCCUGAUAAGUUUGAGGUAUUCUGCUAUGCCUUGAGCCCGGAUGAUGGAACAAACUUCCGAGUGAAGGUGAUGGCGGAAGCCAAUCAUUUCAUUGAUCUUUCUCAGAUUCCGUGCAAUGGAAAAGCAGCUGACCGCAUCCACCAAGAUGGAAUUCACAUCCUUGUGAAUAUGAAUGGGUAUACCAAGGGUGCUCGAAAUGAGCUCUUUGCUCUCAGGCCAGCUCCUAUUCAGGCUAUGUGGCUGGGCUACCCUGGGACUAGUGGUGCAUUGUUCAUGGAUUACAUCAUCACUGAUCAGGAAACUUCCCCAGCUGAAGUUGCAGAGCAGUAUUCUGAGAAACUGGCAUAUAUGCCCCAUACUUUCUUUAUUGGUGAUCAUGCUAAUAUGUUCCCUCACCUGAAGAAAAAAGCAGUCAUCGAUUUUAAAUCCAAUGGGCACAUUUAUGACAAUCGGAUAGUUCUGAAUGGCAUCGAUCUCAAAGCAUUUCUCGACAGUCUACCUGAUGUGAAGAUUGUCAAGAUGAAAUGUCCUGAUGGAGGUGACAAUGCAGAAAGCAGUAACACAGCUCUUAAUAUGCCUGUUAUUCCCAUGAAUACGAUUGCAGAAGCAGUAAUUGAAAUGAUUAACAGAGGACAGAUUCAGAUAACAAUUAAUGGAUUUAGUAUUAGCAAUGGACUGGCUACUACACAGAUCAAUAAUAAGGCUGCAACUGGAGAGGAAGUUCCCCGUACCAUUAUUGUAACCACCCGUUCCCAGUAUGGGCUACCAGAAGAUGCCAUUGUGUACUGUAACUUUAAUCAGUUAUAUAAAAUUGACCCUUCUACCCUGCAGAUGUGGGCAAAUAUUCUGAAACGUGUGCCUAAUAGCGUGCUUUGGCUGUUGCGUUUUCCUGCAGUAGGAGAACCCAAUAUUCAACAAUAUGCACAAAAUAUGGGCCUUCCCCAGAACCGCAUCAUUUUCUCACCUGUGGCUCCUAAAGAGGAGCAUGUCAGGAGAGGUCAGCUGGCUGACGUCUGCCUGGAUACUCCUUUGUGUAAUGGGCACACCACAGGGAUGGAUGUUCUCUGGGCAGGAACACCCAUGGUAACUAUGCCAGGAGAGACUCUUGCUUCUCGAGUUGCAGCUUCUCAGCUCACUUGUCUAGGAUGUCUUGAGCUCAUUGCUAAAAGCAGACAGGAAUAUGAAGACAUAGCUGUGAAACUGGGAACCGAUCUAGAGUAGAGGAUAAUUAACUACACA